AGUGUGUAUGCACGUAUAGUUUAUAGGUCUAACUUGCGCGAAGGGGUGUGAGUUUACACGUAUGGUCAGUUAUUGUAUACGCGUUGAUAUGAUCACAAAGUCCGUCCCAUGCAAAAUAAGCUUGUAACGUGUCAUACACUCUAAGCUGACUAUUAUUUCCUCUCUUCUUACUAAGUUCUUGAUUACUAUCUAGAACCGAAAAAACUGCUUAAGCUUAGCGCGCGUAGAGAGGGCAUAGUAACAGUACUCCGACUCCAUGUCGAGCCCCUCCAUGGGGGGCGCCCCGCCGGCGUUCGACGGCGACGCGAGUCCAUUCACGCGGCAGCAGCAGAGAUACAGCUUCAACGGAGGCAUCCUGCUCACGGCCGUCAUCAUCCUCGCCAUCCUCACCGUCGUCUUCGUCCUCAUCCGGUUCCUCCUCUCCCAGUUCGUGGUGCGCGGCCGCGGGAGCCUGGCCGCCGGCGUCCGCCGGUCCAUCAGCUCGUUCGGCAGGAGCGGCCGCCACGGGCUCGACGCCUCCGCGCUCGCUGCGCUGCCGGUCACGGCGUACCGCCGCAAGGACAACGACGGCGGGUCCACCAGCGGCGGCGGCGCCGCGGCAGCGUCGGGGACGACGGAGUGCGCGGUCUGCCUGUCGGAGCUCGCGGACGGCGAGAAGGUGCGCGCGCUGCCGAGCUGCGGGCACGUGUUCCACGUCGAGUGCGUCGACGAGUGGCUGCGCUCCAGGACCACGUGCCCGGUGUGCCGUGCCGAGGUGCAGCCCAAGGGGAGGGGCGGCGUGGAGGCGGUGGCGCAGCCGUCGGCUCCGGCGCCCCCGGCGUUGUUCGGUGUGGGGGGCACGUUGGUCGUGACCGUGGAAGGCGGCGUUGCGGAGACGAGAGACGCGCGCACGUCAGUGUUGGGUUCUGGUCAACCGGCCGGAGCUAUGGGGUAGGUCGGCAGAUGUGACAUCGGCACAUUUCGACUGUUUCUUAUGGACAGCACUAGGGAAUCAGUAUAUAAUACAUGUAAUUAAGUUGUAUAUUACUCUACUUUUUUUUAGAAAAAGUUGUGUAUUACUUCGUCUCGUGUGGAGAUGAUACCUUGAUUUUGAGUAGGUACGGUGAACUUUGUGAUCACUGGUUUUAUGAACUAAAAUUGGCUUUAGGCUUGCUCCCCAGAAAGAGAAUAAAAGCAAGAAUCUUUGUUGUACAAUUUAUACUCCUUUUGACGAAGACUGUAUAUAUAUGUAGGUGCAUAUU